ACUUGCUGAGUCGUUUUCUGAGAAGAGACCAUAUUUGUUCGCAGAGGAAGCUGUUGCUUUCUGGGAUCUGGCUACAACAGAAAGGACAUCGGCUCCAACUAGAGUUUUCCAGAGGGUGCCCGGGAGUUGGAAGAGCUGAAGACACCUCCACACUCUGGAUUUGGGGUUCUCUGUCCAUGGGUGCAGCGCCCGUGUUCAGCUGGUGAGCUUCAUCUUCAGCGAGCAGCCAUGGCAUUCAAGAACGUGCCCUUUCGCUCUGAGGUCCUGAGUUGGGACCCUGACACCCUUGCAGACUAUUUCAAAAAGCUAAAUUACAAGGACUGUGAAAAGGUCGUGAGGAAAUAUCACAUUGAUGGGCCACGUUUUCUGAGCCUGGCAGAGAACGACAUCCAGAAGUUCCCUAAGCUCCGCGUGCCGAUUCUCAGUAAGUUAAGUCAAGAAAUCAACAAGAAUGAAGAAAGAAGGAGCAUUUUCACACGCAAACCCCAAGUCCAGCGGUUUCCAGAGGAGACAGAGAGCCAUGAGGAAGACAACGGAGGCUGGUCGUCCUUUGAAGAAGAUGACUAUGAAAGUCCCAAUGACGAUGCAGAUGCGGAGGAUGACGGUGACUAUGAGUCCCCCAAUGAAGAAGAAGAGGCACCUGUGGAAGAUGAUGCCGAUUACGAGCCGCCACCCUCCAACGAUGAGGAAGCUCUGCAGAACUCCAUCCUGCCUGCCAAGCCUCUGUCCAACCCCAACUCCAUGUACAUAGACCGCCCCCCCACUGGAAAAGUGCAGCAGCCGCCGGUGCCCCCACAGAGGCCGACCGUGCUCCCUCCUCUGCCCGCGGGCGGCCGGACCCACCAGCCGCUACCCCCACCCCAGCCCAACCACGAGGAGCCGAGCAGAAGUCGGAACCACAGAACGGCCAAACUCCCUGCUCCUUCCAUAGACAGAAGCACGAAACCAGCCCUAGAUCGUUCAUUAGUUCCAUUCGACAGAGAGCCCUUCACUCUAGGAAAGAAACCAGCGAUUUCUGACAAGCCCUCGGUCCUAGGGGGAAGGCCUCCUGGGGAGCAUUUGCCCAAGAUACCAAAGCCCCCGUUACCGCCAGCCACGGAGAGGCAGGACAGAGGCAGCCCCCUGCCAGGGAAGAAGCCGCCUGUGCCAAGGCAUAUGCGGGGACCAGAGAGAAGAGAAAAUGAUGAAGAUGAUGUACAUCAAAGACUUCCGCCCCAGCCAACACCUCUCCCCAUGACCUCCAACACCUUCCCUUCAAGAUCUACGAAGCCAUCGCCCAAGAACUCCCUCCCAUUAACUCACUCAUCUGGAGGCUUCUCAGAAAGUAACUGUAACUUUUCGCAGAGUGCCUCCCUGCCACCAUACUUCUCUCAAGGCUCUAGCAACAGACCACUUCCCAGAGUGGAAGGCAGGAACUUCUCGCCAGUUCCAAGCAAGCAUCGAUCACAAUCCCCCGGGGAAGAAGAGGAUGGCACUUUCCUGGUUAGAGACAGCUCUAAAAAAACCAUCUCCAAUCCAUAUGUUCUCAUGGUGUUGUACAAAGAUAAAGUUUACAACAUCCAGAUCCGUUAUCAGGAGGAAAGCCAAGUUUACUUGUUGGGAACUGGACUCCGAGGGAAAGAGGACUUUCUGUCUGUGUCAGAUAUUAUCGACUACUUCAGAAAAAUGCCGCUUCUGCUUAUUGAUGGAAAGAACCGAGGUUCCAGAUACCAGUGCACGUUAACGUAUUCUGCAGGUUAUCCCUAGCAAGUUAGCCAAGCAAAUGAACCUUCCUCCUGCCUCUGUCCCACCAUGGGAAGAUCAGUCAACCUGGGUGAGCGGCCAAACCCUUAGGACUGAAUUGAACCCCUUCAACAUGAACAGAAGUGUUUUGUCCUUUUACUUAUGAAAGUGUUUGAAAUGAAGACUGUCAAAUAUCCCAUAAUUUAUUUAUUUUUCUUCAAUGUUUGUAAAGUGCAUGAGUAAUAAUGUUCACACUUGAAGUCUAACAGUGCACUGUAAUGAUUCAUUUAAAAAACAUGUGUAUCUUUGAAUACCCAUGUCCAAGUACAUUAGUUUGCACACCUAUAGAAACGAUUUGGGGCAAAUUUAGAAACACUGAAAUGGUAACAGAUUUUGAUAACACAUGAAACUGAUUUUUUAACUAGCCAAUCCUUUGUCAGUCAAAGGCAAUCAUCAAUUUUAUAUGUAUAAUUUGAAAAUUACUAAAAUUCAGUUUCUUGGCAGCAAUAAUUUAAGAAGCUUCAAAAGCAUUUCAUCCUUUCUUAUUUCAUGUUUUUGCUGGAGGGUGGGGAUUUUUUGUAUACUUUUUUUAUGAAAAAGAUAAAUGCAUGUUGGAAUAACUUCCUAGAAUUAAAAUUAAUUUGCCUUCUGCUUCACUUUUUGCUUCCUAAAAGAACUUAUUGACUUUAUUUAAUUAUUUAGCUAUUAUUUUCCUGUUUUAAAGCAAAUUUAAGCUACAAAUACCAAAAGAAAACAUUUUAAAUUUAGAAUGAGACUUUGGCAUCAAAUACAUCGGAUUUAAUUUCAUCACAUCUGACAUCCUCAUCCUAUCUCUUCCACCUCUACCCAACUCCAAAAGUAUCAAGUGAUGUGAUUUUUAUCAACGUCUUCCUGGGAAGAUGAAAUAGCAAUUUCUGUAUACAUGGAAAAGUUUAAUAAGACUUUCCAAUUAGAUACCUUUCUUCUGUGUUUAUCCCCCCUGCCAUCUGUCAUAAAGCCAUUAUCUUCACCCUUCCCCAAAAGGCUUUAUAAAUUCUUCAAAGCAAUUCAAUUCUUUUCUUCAAUUUACAUAUCUCAUUUAAUAAAAAAUAGUAAGCAAUUUUACAAGAGGAAAACUUCACAUUCACUUAAGUUUUCCCUUUUGCGGCUUUGGUUGUUAUUCCACAACUUGUAUUAAUAACAAAAUUUUUUGUCUUCU